AAGAAAAGAAAUGGAUAGCUUAUUCGGGUCCGGAGCCUUUAGAACCGGUUAAACAGUUAUUCGGGUAACCCGAACCGAAAUACCCGAGGACCAAAUAAGCCUAAAAUACAUACCUGCGAACCGAACCGUAUAACUUAUUUGGCCGGUUCCAGUUCGAGUAUUCGGUUCAAACCUUCGCCCUAAAUGACAGCGAAUAUCCAACAAAACUAAGGUCCUAUAUGUUUGUUUUUUUAUUGACUCUUAAUAAGAAGUCACUAGCGUUUGUUUACUUCUUACUUGAAUCUGAAAUAAACAUCUUAACCGAAUAAGACUUGGGAGGAAUCUGAAUGUAAAACACACACGCUUGACCAUUAGGUCCUUACGCUUCUCCUUCUCCUUCAAUCGACUCCACCACUUCAUCUGAGCGAAUCACACCUGCUUCUCCUUCCACCACCACCGGCCCUCUAAUCCUUCAAUUGAUGGUCGGCGGCUCCUCUGAAAUCGACAUAUCUGAAAAGACAUCGCUCGCCAUCUGUUGCCCUCUGCUACGCUCCUCCUUCAGUCACGCCUCUGCAAUCAUCUCCCUUCCAAUCGACGCACAGAUUCAGAGCCGACCCUCACCAUCGGCGACAGCAACCACCGAUCGCCGCCUUCCUCCGGCCAUUCCCUGUCGCUCAUGGUUAGAUCAUAGAAUUUGUGAUUCUUCUUCUUCUUCCAACUAUUCUGAAGCAGGAUCAAGCACUCACAAAUCCCCAAAAUCAUCAUCAUUGUGGUCAGGAUUCUUGGGAUCUGCCUUUUCAGUUUUUGACACCCAAAAGAAGGACUCCACCACCACCAACAACACUAGAAGCCAUGGUUGGACUGCAGCUGUGAAGAGAGUCAUGAAUGGUGGCUCAAUGAGGCGAAUUCAAGAACGUGUUUUGGGUUACAAAACCAAUGUUUCUAACUCAAUAAGUGAUAUUUGGCUUCUUGGAGUUUGCUACAAAAUUUGUCUACAAGACCCUUCUCAAGAACCUGUUCAUACCACUGGAUAUGCUGCUUUUUCUCAAGAUUUUUCUUCAAGAAUCUUGAUGACAUACCGAAAAGGUUUUGUUGCUAUUGGUGAUUCAAAGUACACAAGUGAUGUAAAUUGGGGUUGUAUGCUUCGAAGCAGUCAAAUGCUUGUUGCUCAGGCUUUGAUAGUACAUCAACUAGGAAGAUCUUGGAGAAAACCUUCACAGCAGCCAUAUGAAGAAGAUUACAUUUCAAUACUACACAAUUUUGGUGAUUCAGAGGACUCACCUUUCUCCAUUCACAAUCUUCUUCAAUCUGGAGAGGGUUAUGCCCUUGCUCCAGGAUCAUGGGUGGGCCCAUACGCAAUGAGUCGCACAUGGGAAACACUCGCACGUAAAAAAAUUGACGAAAAUAACCUUCAAGAUAACUCCUUUCCAAUGGCUAUUUAUGUUGUUUCUGGUGAUGAAGAUGGGGAACGUGGUGGGGCCCCUGUUCUUUGCAUUGAAGAUGCUUUAAACCAAUGUUCUCAGUUUUCAAGAAACCAAGUUGAAUUUUCACCUUUGCUUUUGCUUGUUCCUUUGGUUCUUGGUCUUGAUAAAGUAAAUCCUAGAUAUCUACCAUUGUUAGCAGCUACAUUUACAUUUCCACAAAGCCUUGGGAUAUUGGGUGGGAGACCUGGUGCUUCAACUUAUAUCAUUGGUGUUCAGGAUGAUAAAGCUUUUUAUCUUGAUCCCCAUGAAGUUCAACAGGCUGUUAAUAUAAGCAAGGAUAAUUUGGAGGCUGAUACUUCUUCGUAUCAUUGCAAUGUUGUACGCCAAAUUCCACUUGAAUCCAUCGAUCCAUCACUGGCUAUUGGAUUUUAUUGCCGAGACAAAGAUGAUUUUGAAGAUUUUUGUUCGCGGGCAUCGGAAUUAGCAGCGGAAUCGAAUGGGGCACCGCUAUUCACAGUGACUCAGACGCGCCACCUGGCAAAGCCAGGUGGCACAAGCAGGGGUGAGGAGGUUGAUUCCUUUGAUGGAGUUGAUGAUGCCGAGGGCUCUGCGCAAGAUGAAUGGCAGCUUCUUUGAUUCCGAUUCCGAUUUCGGGAUUCCGAUUCCGGGGUUGUGGAAAAUGUAUGUGGUUUUUCUCAACCCUGUAGGUAGCUCUCUGCUUUGGUUAUUUUAAAACAGAAGUUGUACAUGGUGCUUGUAUGAUUGUAAACCUCGGAGGAGUUGUUUUAGGUGUUGAUUGUGUUUGUGUUUGUUAGAAGAUAUGUUGCUGCGAUUUGGUGUUCAUAUUCUUUAUAAAUCUCAGAUGGUUGCAUUC